UUUUUUUUUUUUUCUCUUUUUUUUUUUCUCUUCUUUACUACAUUCCUUUCUCUUAUUUUCUUUUGUUAAACAUCUCCUUUCUCUAUCUCGCUCUAUCAACAAAAGAAAAACAACAACAACAACAAUAAUGGUUUGGAAUUAUCAAGUAGCUAUCAUGACUUUGGGCAUGACAGCUUUAUCUGCUGUUCAAGGUGCUACCACCAAUUAUUCUAGUACUGUCGAUCCUACUAAACUCAACAUUCCCAACAUUCCUCAAACUACUUCUCACGAUGUUACCACUCAAUGUACUUAUUAUCAACCUCCCUUUACUUUGAACAAGGCUGAUUGGCCUACCAGUUGGGAUAUUGCUACUUCCAACGGUAUGAAUACUUCUGCUGAAUUCACUGCUCUUUACAACUCUAUUGACUGGACUAAGGCUCCUAAUAUUCAACCCAAGACUAUGACUCCUGCCGGUGGUUUGAACUUGCAAAGCUAUAACACUGCUCAAGAUCCUGAUUGUUGGUGGUCUGCUUCUCAAUGUACAAAACCAAAGACUGCUAAUAUUAAUCCUGAUAUUGUUCAAUGUUUGGAACCUAACACUUGGGGUCUUACUUUCGAUGAUGGACCAAACUGCUCUCACAAUGCUUUCUACGACUUUUUAGAACAAAACAACCAAAAAGCUUCUAUGUUCUAUAUUGGUUCCAAUGUUAUUGGCUGGCCCUAUGGUGCUAUGCGUGGUUUGAAGGAUGGUCAUCAUCUUGCUGGUCAUACUUGGUCUCACAGAUUGAUGACUACUUUAAGCAACCAAGAAGUCCUUGCUGAACUUUACUAUACUUCUAAGGCUAUUAAGUAUGUUACUGGUGUUACUCCUCUUUACUGGCGUCCUGCUCAAGGUGAUUUGGAUGAUCGUGUUCGAUGGAUUGCUACUCAAUUGAACUUGACUGCUAUUUUGUGGAACUUGGAUACUGAUGAUUGGGCUGCUGGCACUACUCCUGGUGUUACUGCUCAAACUGUACAACAAAACUACCAAAACUUCAUCACUAUGGGUAACAACGGUACUUUCAACACUAUCGGUAACAUUGUUUUGAGUCACGAAAUCAACAAUAUGACCAUGGACUUUGCUAUUCAAAACUAUCCUAACAUCAAGAAGAAUUAUAAGCAUAUUCUCGACGUUGCCACUUGUAUGAAUAUUUCUAACCCUUACGUCGAAAAAUCUAUUACCUAUCCUACCUUUGAUCAAGCUGUCAACAAGAAUGCCUCUACUGCUACUGGUUCUGGCGUUGCCCCUGCUGCUUCUGGUACUUCUAUGGCUUCUCAAACUACCGUCAAUGCUGCUCUUUUCAUUGCCGCUUUGUUCGGUGUGGUUGCCUCCCUCUUUUAGAUAGCUUUUUUUUUUAUUAUUAUUAUUACAACUCCUUUUAUAUUUUUACUCCCUCUAUCUCCCUUUCCAUCAUCAUAUUCCGUUUGUUCUUUUCUUCUUCCCCCUCAUUUUUUUUUCUUAUUGUGAAUCAUUGAUGUUCAAAUAGAUCUAAGUCAACCUGUCACACUCUCUUUUUCCUUUUUUUUCUUUUUGGCCCUUACCCAGUUUAUGUUUAAUUACAAAAAAGAAAAUAAACCUUAUACAUAUCAAUACAAGUA